AUGGCUCCUAUUUUUGAAUCGAACUUCUCAAUACGCAAAAUUCUUGCCAACAAUACCACUGCAAAAUCUGAAACAUGGGAUGAGAAUAAUCUAUCGCUUACACCACCACACCCUGAAGCCAUGACCGCUUCAGAUGGCGAGGGAUCACCAAACAGCGAGCUAUUGGAUCAAAGACCUGCUUUUACAUUCAGUGCUUUGGUGUCCAUGGCAAUUCGGAGUAGUCCGGAAAAGCGUUUGCCAUUGAGUGCAAUUCAAGACUGGAUCACGGAAAACUAUCCUUAUUAUCGAAAAGACCAACACGGCUGGCAAAGUCAAGUGCGUCAUACUCUUAGCACUAAUUCUUGCUUUAUCAAAAUGCCGCGAUCUCUGGACGACCCCGGUCGGGGAAAUUAUUGGGCCUUAAGUCCAGCAGUUGAAGGUAUGAAAGUAAAUUCCGCAAGUGGUCGCCUACAGUUUGAUCAAAGCAGUGCUGCACGUGCACAUUUUGCUAUUCAUAGCUAUGGGUAUCCAAUAAAUCACGUCAUGGCCCACGGCGUACCGAUGAGCCAUCCUCAAGCACCCACCGCAGUUUACUUUCCAACGCCAGACGAACUUGGACAAUCCCAAUAUGCUAUGAUGAUGCAGGCUCUGCAAGAACAACAAGCGUGGUUUCUUUUUCAUCACCAAAGGAAACAAUUUCUACAACAACAAUUGAUGCAAGCACAGCAACAACACCAAUUUAAUAACACAUAUCAUAAGAUGUACCAACAAAUGACAUUCCACCAACAACAAUGCGAGUUCUUGAUGUCCAAAAAGUUGCCAAUGUAA